UUCAGCAGUUUUAGUUCCACUUUUUAUGAGGAAAUGAUGCACAGAACCAUAGAAGAGAAUUCAACAGCCCUCUGGACCUCAUCUGAAUGCAGAGCAUCGCUCCAGUGGACGGCAUGUGAGCUGCCAGAGUCGCUCUUCUCCCUCAGCCUCCAUCCUUUCAGGACAUAUUCAACCAUGGAUGAUGAGGCAUAUGACCAGUUCUUGCUGCUUUUUAAUACGACAGAAGACACGACGGAAUAUGUGCAGGAGGAACUCGUACCCCUCUGUUCCAAGAUCAAAGUCAACCAGUUUGGUGCCAAAUUCAACCCAAUCUUUUACUCUGUCAACUUUCUCCUGAGUUUCUUUGGAAACGGGCUGGUGGCGCUCAUCAUCUACAAGUAUGAGAAGCUGAACACAGUCACAAACAUCUUCCUGCUGAACCUAGUGUUCUCCAAUUUCCUCUUUGCCUCCAGUUUGCCUUUCUGGGCCACAUACCAUCUCUAUGAAUGGAUUUUUGGCACAGCACUGUGCAAGAUUGUCAGUAGUGCGUAUUUCAUUGGUUUUUACAGCUCCAUCCUCUUCCUCACACUCAUGACCUUUGAUCGAUACCUGGCAGUGGUGCAUGCAGUGGCAGCUGCCAAAAGCAGGAAGAAGCUUUACGCCAUGGUUUCUUCUGUGAUUGUGUGGUCCAUCAGCAUUGCUGCCAGUCUGAAAGAACUGGUUCUACGUAAGUCAUGGAAAGACCCCUCAGAUGGAUACCUUUGUGAAGAUUCGGGGUUUCCAGUAAGUACCAUGAGGACCUGGCGCCUGGUCACAUAUUACCAACAGUUCCUGGUCUUCUUCCUCUUUCCUCUAAUCAUGGUCAUGUACUGCUACAUCAGCAUCACUGUGCGUAUCAUGUCCACCCGCAUGAAGGAGAAGUGCCGUGCCAUCAAGCUCAUCUUUCUUAUUAUUGUCACUUUCUUCAUUUGCUGGACGCCCUACAACAUAGUCAUCCUCCUUCGAGCAAUUCAGGCCUCUAACCCUGAGCUCCAACAAACGUCCUGCUCUGACACGGAAGGCCUGGAUUUUGCUCUGUAUGUGACCCGCAACAUUGCCUACCUGUACUGCUGCAUCAGUCCAGUCUUCUACACCUUUGUGGGAAAGAAGUUCCAGAGCCACUUCAAAAGGCUGAUGCUCAAGAGACUCCCGUGCCUCAAGAGACACAUAAGUCUGAGAAGCCAAAGUACCAGAUCCACGUCUCAGGGGACGCCACACUCCCUCUACGAGUACUGAACUCUCAUGACACUCGCCACUCUCUGACUCAAGUGUCUUCUCAUUUUGGCUGUUCUUCAGUCUCCCUGCCAUGUGGAACACGAGCCAAAUACUCCAAGAACACUGGGGGUCUCGCUUUACUCUGCUUCUGCUGUACAAAAGUAAACGACUGAUUCUGCUGUACAUGUGCAUUGAUCUUGUGUAAAAGGUAAAUUCAAGCACAAAUAAAAUUGUCUUUUAAUUUA